CACUUGUCAACGGCUGAGGCGGAGGAGGGCGAGGGAACGGCUGCCACGGGGCGAGGGAGCGAUGUAAGAGGCCAUCGCCCAGGACCAGCUUUGCCAAAUAUCUUUGAAAAUAUGGCCUCGAGAAUGACCAUACAUAUCAUCUGUUGAAGCAAAGGAAAGAAAUUUGUGGUGCCACGUAGAGUUCCUGGAACAUAGUAAGCAUUUAAUGGUUGUUGAGUUCCCCAAGAAUGUAGUUCAUCUCGCCUGUGUCUGGAUCUCAUAAAAGUACUGAACUAGAUUUGUAAUGAAAUGGAGUCUGGAACAAGUUCUUUUCGAGUGGAAUUUCCCGAUUUUUCUAGCACCAUUUUGCAGAAACUAAACCAGCAGAGACAACAAGGACAAUUAUGUGAUGUUUCCAUUGUAGUCCAAGGACACCUUUUCAGGGCUCAUAAGGCUGUUCUUGCUGCCAGCUCACCUUACUUUUGUGACCAGGUGCUACUGAAAAACAGCAGAAGAAUAGUUUUGCCUGAUGUUAUGAAUCCAAGGGUUUUUGAGAACAUCCUUCUCUCUACUUACACAGGACGACUAGUAAUGCCUGCUUUAGAAAUUGUCAGUUAUCUGACAGCAGCCAGUUUCCUCCAGAUGUGGCAUGUGGUAGACAAAUGCACUGAGGUUUUAGAAGGAAAUCCUACAGUCCUUUGUCAAAAGCUAAAUCAUGGCAAUGAUCAUCAGUCACCAAGCAGCAGUAGCUACAAUGGCCUAGUUGAAAACUUUGAGCUUGGUUCUGGUGGACACCCAGAUUUCCCUAAAACCCAAGAACUGAGAGAUGGAGAGAAUGAAGAAGAGAGUUCCAAAGAUGAAUUGUCGUCUCAGCUAACUGAACAUGAGUAUCUUCCCAGCAACUCCUCAACAGAACAUGAUAGACUAAGUACUGAAAUGACCAGUCAGGAUGGUGAAGAAGGGGCCAGUGAUAGUGCUGAAUAUCAUUAUACAAGGCCCAUAUAUAGCAAGCCCAGCAUCAUGUCUCACAAACGUUGGAUCCAUGUGAAGCCAGAAAGAUUUGAACAGGACUGUGAAGGUGUUGAUGUGCAUGCUGCUUAUGAUGAGCACCAGGUCACUGAAUCAAUCAAUACCAUACAGACAGAUCACUCUAUCCAGUCUUCAGGGGUAGAUGAGGACUUUCACAUUGGUGAAAAAAAAGUUGAAAAUGAGUUUGAUGAACAAGCUGAUGAAAGUAAUUAUGAUGAGCAAGUUGAUUUCUAUGGCUCUUCUAUGGAGGAGUUUUCUGGAGAAAGAGCAGAUGGGAAUCUUAGUAGCCACAGACAGGAUACUAUUAUAGCAGCAGGCUAUAGUGAUAGCAUUGAAAUGGUGACAGGCAUUAAAGAAGAAGCUUCCCACUUGGGGUUCUCAGCUUCUGACAAGCUGUACCCUUGUCAGUGUGGGAAAAGCUUCACUCACAAGAGUCAGAGAGAUCGGCAUAUGAGCAUGCAUCUUGGUCUUCGGCCUUAUGGCUGUGGUGUCUGUGGUAAGAAAUUCAAAAUGAAACAUCACCUUGUUGGCCACAUGAAAAUUCACACAGGCAUAAAGCCAUAUGAGUGUAAUAUCUGUGGGAAACGAUUUAUGUGGCGGGACAGUUUUCACCGGCAUGUGACUUCUUGUACCAAGUCAUAUGAAGCUGCAAAGGCUGAGCAAAAUACUACUGAUGUUAAUUAAAAAUAGGACGUGGAUUUUUUUUAGCGGUGUGCACAAAAAUAAACUAUUAUAAUUAUGCAAAUUGUGUGCACAGAUGAUGUGUGGUACUUUCUAUUAUGAGACUAGCUUAAAAAUUGGAGGAUAUUUCUGAAAGACUGUAUGUAAGUAGGCCAAUUUUUAAAGUCUAAUUUCUAAAGUCAUUAUGCUUGAGUCCUGCCCUGAGAGUUCAGUCUCUGCUAACCCACCUCUCAGCUAACUUUUCAACCUUCAGGCCAGUUGUGAUGUAGGUGGGCCAUUUUUGUUUUAUUUUGUUUUUAAUGUAGCCACCUGCAUUUAGAACUGGGCUCAAAAUGUGAGGUUUUGGUUUUGGUUUUGGUUUUUAGAUACAACUUUUGGUCACUCAUAACUUGGUCCUGUUAAAAUGUUAUUUUGCCUUUAUUAAUGAAACUUGGAGUAGACGGUCUGAAUUUGUUUAGGUUAAAUAGCUAUCUCACCAAACAAAUCCUCUGCUGUGUAAAAAGCUCAAAUGAUAUGGCUCCUCGAAGGAGAAAUUAAAUAGAAUUCUUUUGGUCUAAGUUUUAUCUUUUUAAAGGGUAUUUUAAUUAAAACCAUGAAGGAGGAUGCAAAGUAGGUAACAUUCUAACAUGAUUCAAUAGUAACAUGGUACAAGCUUCAUUUUUUUUUUGAUGAUACUACAGUAAUGUGUAUCAAAUUCUUGAUAUAACCCACACAAGGUUUUAUAUUUUAGUAUAUUGAAGUUUAAAAAAUUGUAUCUAGUUGUGAUUCACUAGGUGUAGAACUAGUUACCAGAAAUUGGUAUUUCUAAUUGGCUUGAUAUUCCAGUUCUUAUUCAUGUGAGUGACUGGAAGCUACCACUCCAGCAGAGUCCCUAGGUGAGCUCUACAUAUUGGACCUAUUGUAACCCUGAUUAUAAGUCUUACCUGCUGCUGCUCAGAGUUGUGGGCCGAUUGCAGAUAGUUGAGCUUUCUAAUGAAAAUCUGUCACUCGUAGGUAACAGGGAAGAAACAAUUACAGAUAAACAGAUAUAAUUACAGAUUAUAGUUAGGAGCCCUUGUGUUUCAGGAGUUGGUUUAAUAUAGCCUGGUAGCUAUGAAGCCACAAAAAACUAGAAACAGAAUGCAGCAUGAGUAAGGCAGAGAAGAGCUGGUAACAAAUUGUUUGGAUGGCACAUUGUAUUCUCUGCUUCAUUGUCAUCCAACUUGAGCAUUGGUACCUGUAUAAAAAGGAGGUGGUAGCUCUUUAAAAUAAAUAGAUCCACAUUAGCCCAUAAUGCAUAUCUUUUUAGAGGACUGGAAAGUAUUUUAGAAUGGAAAAGGAGAAAAAAAAAACCUGAUUUUUAGCAGAGCAGUUUGGAGAGUCAAGCUCCCAAAUUAUACUGCUGCAUAAAUUAACAAGUCCACACAUCUGUAUGUAUAGAAAAUAAGAAAGUGGCAGUUCUGAGGUUUUUUUUCUCCCUAUCAGUCUGAUGUAUUGGAUUGAAGACUGCUUUGUAGAAAAGAAAUAAAUCAUAUUCCGAAUAUA